GAAGAAACAGACAAGCCCAUUGAAUGUAUUUCUAAUGGAUCAACCGGGUGCGCUGUUAAAAUGUAGCUGUUUAGUUAGUGGAUUCGUUUUGGUCUAACAGUUGGUGUGUGUACAGCGCCCUAAGAUGGUGGUGGAGGUGGAGAGCUUCUUCGGGGUGUACAUGCUGUAUUGUACAAACCCGAAGUUUAAGGGUCGCAUCUACAUCGGCUUCACCGUGAACCCAGAGCGCCGGAUCGGGCAGCACAACGCCGGGCGACACAAGGGAGGAGCGAAGAGGACGAGCGGCCGCGGGCCGUGGGAGAUGAUACUCAUUAUUCAUGGCUUUCCUUCUGACAUCGCAGCUUUGAGGUUCGAAUGGGCCUGGCAGCACCCACACUCCUCCCGGCGCCUUUCCCACGUGGGCCGCCGAACUCGCCGCGAGUCUAGCCUCCAGUUCCACUGGCGCGUGCUGUCCCACAUGCUGCAGGUGGCGCCGUGGAACCGCCUGCCCCUCACAGCCCGCUGGUUGCGCCAGGAGUACCGGCUGGAGUUUGAACCGGGGCUUCAGCCUCCGCUCCAUGUGCCCGUGGUCUUCGGCAGUGUGCGUGCCAAGAAGCAGCAGCCCCCGGCGCUAACAGAGCAGGAACGGGGGGAGGAGGUACCAGGAGAGAGGUGCCACCUCUGUCUGGACACGGUUAAGGCUGCAGGCAGGGUGUCCUGUUUCCAUCUUUCUUGUCAGAUGGUCGCUCACCUCGUCUGUUUGGCUAAGCACUUCCUGAAGUCUGAACCUUCCCAUCUGCUUCCCGUGGAGGGGACAUGCCCAGGCUGCCGCCGUUCCGUGCUGUGGGGCAAUCUGAUUCGCCACAAGAAAGGCUGCUAUGGUGACCUGGAAGAAAUCGCAUCGUCUGCGUCAUCUCUGGGACAUUGGGCAGAUGACCUGCAGGUGUGAUCAGUGACCCGCCGGAAUCCACCUGCAGACUGGUAGCUCCGCCCAGCUUGGUGUGUCGCUUUCAGCGGUUUAUGGGCUCUGUGCCUGUGACGGGAAGGACACUGGUUCAAAUCCCAGGGCUGGCAGAGUGAUGUCACUGUUUGGCCCCUGAACAGGGCCCUUAACCUGAAUUCCUCCAGGGCCUGGCGGAUCCUGCCUUCUCUGAUGCACUUCACUUCACAUAAAAGCAUCUGCUAAACAAAUAAGAUACAAAUAAUUUGGAUGUUUUUUAAUCGAGUUAAAUGCAGAGGCGCAUUCCUUAAAAAAAAAAAAGGAAGAACUUUUUAACAAGGUUUUAAAUGAACAGAAUAAAUUAAAUGGCCAAUGCCAGUUUUUAUUUAAA